CUCUGCCCCACCACAGGCGCUACCACAGAGACGCGUCUAGAGUACAGAACGUCCCCCGAUCAUAGAGCUGCUGGAGGCCGCCUCGCCAUUUUAGAAGGAGGCGGAGAGCGGGGCGGAGGCGCGGGCCCAGCUACUGAACUGCCAUGGGAAAUACCACCAGCGAGCGAGUGUCUGGGGAGCGCCAUGGCUCCAAGUCCCACCGCUCUGAUGGAGCCAGUAGUGCCCACCCCUCCAAGGAGCAUCCACACAAGAUUAUGGUGGGCAGUACGGAUGACCCCAAUGUCUUCAGCACCCAUGACUCCAAGCUUCCUGGGGAUAAGGAGUUUGUGUCUUGGCAGUCAGAUCUGGAUGAGUCAGCAAAGCCAGCGCAACAAGCUCGUCCCACUGUCAUCCGCUGGGCUGAUGGAGGCAAGGAGGUCUUCAUCUCUGGCUCCUUCAACAACUGGAGUGCCAAGAUCCCACUCAUUAAAAGCCACAAUGAUUUUGUUGCUAUUCUCGACCUGCCUGAAGGAGAGCAUCAAUACAAGUUUUUUGUGGAUGGGCAAUGGGUUCAUGACCCUUCAGAGCCUGUGGUCACCAGCCAGAUGGGGACAAUUAACAACCUGAUUCACGUCAAGAAAUCUGACUUUGAGGUGUUUGAUGCUUUGAAAGUGGAUUCUCUGGAGAGUUCGGAGACUUCUUGUCGCGACCUGUCCAGCUCCCCACCAGGACCUUAUGGACAAGAAAUGUAUGUGUAUCGACCUGAGGAACGCUUCAAAUCCCCACCCAUCCUCCCUCCUCACCUCCUCCAAGUUAUUCUAAACAAGGACACCAACAUCUCUUGUGACCCAGCGCUCUUACCUGAGCCCAACCACGUCAUGCUCAACCACCUCUAUGCACUUUCCAUUAAGGAUGGCGUGAUGGUGCUCAGUGCUACUCACCGCUACAAGAAGAAGUAUGUCACCACCUUGCUGUACAAGCCUAUUUGAGCAGGGCCUGGCCCUCUCGCCAUGUAGGACAUGAGAAAUGCCACUUUGUCUGCACACGCUGGGCCACGGGUAUAUGGUACACUUGGCAAUUGGCUCUUGCCUUGAACCUGGCAGAGAUGGAAGCCCAGGAUGAGCCUGGUCCUGCUUGGGGCCAAGAGCUCUUCCGUCUCGGUAUUCUCUUGGGGAGGUUUGAUUCUUAACCCUUCUGUAGCCUCCUGGCUGCAGGGGCCUCUGGCUUCGCUGUGUUCCUUGGGCUGGUCUUUGUUACCUCAUAACUUCCAGGUCUCCACGUUCAACCAUAAAUUGCAACCUCCAUGCAACUGGAAGUGCUUCAACUACUGCCUCCUGCUUUUGCCUGCAGGAGCAGUGCCAUGUCAUGUGCCCUCAUACCCUUGUCAGUACUCUUGGAGAAGGGUCUCUGUUCCCAACAGCCCAAACACUGUUUCAGAAGCCCCUGGGAGUGGAAUACCAGGGGUUUUUUGUCCUCUUCUCCUUGAGCUUCCUGUGUCCACCCUGAAACCAGCUGACCUGGUUGGAAUCCAGGAAUGAUGUCCCACAGUAGAGUCCAGGGUUGGCCCAGCCUCCCCACCCAGUGCAGAGCUGAGCCCAGAGUGGGAUAGAAGUAGAGUUCUCUCCUUUCCCCAUCCCUACCAGAAGCAUCCCCUGGGAGAAUCCAGGCUUGAUCUGUCGCCACUAGGGCUCCAGGGCCCAGUCCCAUCAGUUGUUAGGCAGUGUCUUGGACUUUUCCAGGUGACAGGUGAUAGCAGUUCCCUGGGGCAGUGCAGGGCCUGUAGCUUAGAAGCAGCAGUUUGUUGGAGGAGAGCCCCACUCUUAAGGAAGAAAUUGUCCCAGCCACUUUGGAGCAUUGGGCAAGCUAGAGGCAUGGGUCAAAGGCUCGUCUCCCCAGGUAACUGCAGCCCUUGUAUUGAGAACCAGCUUCUAAGCCCUUGAGGUCAGUGGAAAGGCUCCUAUUGACUCCAGUGGGCUUUGAGUGGAGUUGUUAAUGUUUUCCAAUUGUCACAUUAGAGUUCUCCUGAGGAGCUGAAAUCCUAACUCACUUGCUGCUGGAGACUCAGUUGGUCUAAUAUUAUUAGAGUUGGUUGGUUUAAUGAAAGAUCACAUCUACCCAAAGAACCUUGCUAGCUUCUGGAGCACAGCUCUGGGGUCGUUGGGCAGGGAGCUGCUCUGCGCAGUCUCCUGCCCAUGGUAGUGUUGUGGGCGGUAUCCCCUGUGGAGGUCUCCUGUC